UGGGAGACAUCCAAGAUCAUAUUGUCACCAUGCACCAGAACCUCGCUGCGUAUGAGAAAAUCUUCUCGCGGGCGCAUGCCAACUACUUGGCCCAGGUACAGGCCUUAUCGCUUAACUCGAAUAAUAGAAUCAGCGAGAUGUUGUCGAAAGUUACCGUUCUUGGUACCAUUUCCGUUCCGUUGAACGUCAUUACCGGGUUGUUCGGAAUGAACGUCACGAUCCCAGGCUACCAACAGGGGAACUUGAAAUGGUUUGGUGGAAUUGUUGGCGUAAUGAUUGCCUUUAUCGUUUUUGCGUAUAUAGGCGCCACUUUCUGGUUGAGUAAAGCAGGUAAAACCGACGACGAAGAUGGUCUGGGAGCAAAAUCCAUUUCGAAACUCUCCUUCAAGUCUAGAAGGCUUGCAACAAAGUCUAUCCGCAGUUUACCUAGCAGACGUUUUAACCGCUACGAAUAGGUGGUGGCUUACGUCUUGUUUUUGUAUAAUAAAAUCGUUGAGAAUGGGGGAGAUGUGGGGUUAAACUAAAUCGCAUAGUCUGUAAAGAUGAGAUGCAAGGAUAACGAAAGAGUUGCACUACCGAUAUUGCUGGCCCUUGGAGAAAGUUUUUCCUACACAAGUAUGCAUCACCGAAAC